AUGGUUUUAGCAAUUGGACAAACACAACAAAAACGAUGAAGUGAAGAACUGAUAAUAUAUUUCCGAAAUAUUCUACAAAAAAUGGGGUUAUUCCAAAAACUAGCCACUUUCCUAGGGGUGAAAAAAAAAGAGGUUAAUGUAUUAGUGGUGGGGUUAAAUAAUAGUGGCAAAUCGACUGUGGUAAAUAAAUUUAAGAAUGAAGACGAGAGAGUUACUGAUGUUGUGCCUACAGUAGGUUUUUCAGUUGAGAGGUUUCAAAACAAAAACCUCUCUUUUACAGCGUUUGAUAUGUCCGGCCACGGACGAUAUAGAGACCUUUGGGAACAUUAUUACAAAGACUGCCAUGGAAUCAUCUUCGUUAUAGACAGUAGCGACAGAUUAAGAUUGGUUGUAGUGAAGGAAGAAUUAGAUCUUCUUCUUCAGCAUCCUGAUAUUUGUAACAAAAAAAUUCCAAUUUUGUUUUUCGCCAAUAAAAUGGACAGUAAAGAAGCUUUAAGUAGCGUUAAGAUAGCUGCAGGUUUAGGACUAGAUAAAAUUAUGAAGAAACCAUGGCAUAUAUCUUCCAGUAAUGCUCUUACUGGAGAAGGGUUACAGGAUGGAGUCGAAUGGUUGACACAACAGAUUCGGGAAAUGAUAAUAGCCAAACAGUAGAUAAUUUCAAUAUUUCUUUUCAUUUUUAAUGAAUUUAUCAUGUUAUUCCCUUAAAAGCUUUAACAUUUGAGUUGGCAUAAUAGAUUUUACAAAUUUUUUUAAU